ACCCGGAAGUACUUUUCACACGUAUGACCUCACUAAGCUAACGCUGACAUAGCAUUAUGAAUUUUAGACCUAUGUAAUGUGCUCAUGGUGUAACCUCUAAUAACAAAUUGUCUAUUUCUCUCUGCUAUCGGAUAAACGGGAUAGUAAACGGGAGCCUACCACCAUGAGCACCAUGUUUGCAGACACUAUUCUAAUCGUGUUCAUCUCUGUUUGUACAGCGCUAUUAGCCGAAGGGAUUACCUGGGUUUUAGUGUAUCGCACUGAAAAGUACAAGAGGUUAAAGGCUGAAGUAGAAAAACAAAGCAAAAAACUUGAGAAGAAAAAGGAAACUAUCACAGAAUCUGCCGGACGUCAGCAGAAGAAGAAAAUUGAAAGACAGGAAGAGAAACUGAAGAACAACAACAGAGACUUGUCUAUGGUGCGCAUGAAGUCAAUGUUCGCUAUAGGCUUCUGCUUUACAGCUUUGAUGGGCAUGUUCAACUCCAUCUUUGAUGGAAGAGUAGUGGCCAAAUUGCCAUUCGUGCCGCUGUCCUACAUCCAGGGACUGUCGCAUCGAAACCUGCUGGGGGAGGAUUACACUGACUGCUCCUUUAUCUUCCUCUACAUCCUCUGCACCAUGUCCAUCAGACAGAAUAUUCAGAAGAUGCUCGGUCUCGCUCCCUCCAGAGCUGCAACAAAACAGGCUGGAGGCUUCCUGGGACCUCCUCCCCAAGCAGCCAAGUUUUCCUAAUCAUCUGACAGGUUCAACAGUGUUCUUGCACUGUGACUGUGCAGUCAGGGCUCCUAUAUCAGAGGACAGCUGGUACUGGAUCUGCAGUGCUGGAGAAAACACUGUUGCAGCUACUGUAUCACUACCUUCUGUUGGAUUUCUCAUUUUAUGUUUUUAUUUAACUUUAAGUCUCACUUAGAAAUUAGAGGGUAAAAAUGUGUUCUUAAUUACAUUGAUUACCAAAGGAUACAAAUGUCUACCUUGUAUUCAGCAUGUUAUACAUUGUUAUGAGAUUUUAAUGAUUAAUUGGCACAGCAACAUCUGAUCCAUUUGUCAGUAUUAUUGUAUGACAUUGUCUGUAUCCUUAUUUCUUACAUAUUAAUAAAGUUUUAUGAUUACUCUU